AUGAAGAGAUUAGAACGAAAAUUAAAAGAAAGACGAGAACGUUCGGAAUCACCAAGUUCAAACUCGUCAGGCUAUAAUGAUGAAAAUUAUGCUUACGACCGAUAUUAUGGCGUCUAUACAGAUGAAGACACAUAUGAUCCCGUAAUAAAUCUAGAGGAAGAUAUUGGUGAUGAGGAGCGCCCGCGCCCUACGCACGCGCAGCUCGACACCCCGCCCCCGCCUCCCCCGGCACCUGGCCCCGCGCCGGCGCCGGCGCCGGCCACAACGCCGCCGCCGCCGCCGCCGCCACCCGCAACACAGUUACCAUCAACGUCGCUGCCGGUGGAGGCCGUGCCCGGCACAUCAUCAGCGGUCACCUUACACGACGCUCAAGGCGCAGACGCUGAAGUGAGUCUAGACCCCGCCAUUCUAGAUCUUUUGGGGGAAGACCCUUCAACUAAAAAGACCUACGGUGCAAGCUUGCACAAGGACAUUGCUCCUAGGUGGGCGCAUAUCCUCGUCAACGGUCUGACGAAAGAAUCUCAAGCCGAUCUAAUAAAACAGUAUCCGCCACCCGAAAACUGUACCAGCUUGUCAUCACCAAAGUUGAACCCUGAGAUAAAAGCUGCACUUUCCGAGCUAAGUGUUAAACAAGACCAAUAUAGUCAGGGUAAACAAACUCAACUUGGUAGCGGUCUUGCAGCGUUAGGACAUGCUUUAAACUGGGCGGUCCAAUCCAAAGAUAUAAUCCCCCCAGAUAUCGUUAAAUACUUAAUUGACGCAGGAAGGCUUAUAUGUGAUAACCACUACAGGGAAUCGUUAUCACGUAGAUAUGCGGUACUAAAUACACUUAACAAGAAUAUUAGGGAUACUGUCAAAGAUACAAAAAUUGAUGAAAAUCUUUUUGGAUCCAACUUAUCAGACCAUUUGAAAUCAUCAAAAGCAAUAACGAAGACCGGCUCAGAAAUGAAGCCUCCGCCUCGCGUACCAUACAGGGCGCCAACAGCUUUCCAGCCAAGAGGAGCUUUAAACUCGAGGGGGAAUCCGCGCGCAGCGGCGGGCGAGCCGCGGACAGCCCCUGCGCCUCGCCGGCCGCCGCCGCCUCCGCCGCCGCCGCCGCGGGAGCGCCGCCAGUACCAGCCGGCCACGCGCGGCCGUCAACGAUCUUCGGGCUACUCGAGGCAUCACAGGCGACAUUAGACGAUACACAGGUACCGGUCGCUGGUCGAUUAAAAUAUUUUUACGAUAAAUGGACCGAGAUAAC